AUGUCUACAACUGAAGAGAAGAAACUAGUCAGUGACCAGAUCAAACCAAAACUAACCAAAUCCAGAAAUGGUUGUCUAACUUGUAAGAAGAAACGAUUAAAAUGUGAUGAAACAAAACCUGCUUGUUUGAAGUGUCUUAAAAAGAAUAUUGAAUGUGGUGGAUAUGCUACCAAGUUCAAAUGGAGAAGUUUCAAUGAUAAUAGUGAUGAUAAAAGUGAAACUGAUUUCCAAAUGAGGAAUUAUGAAUAUAAACCAAGAUCAGGUUCUGAAGUUUCCAAUUCAUCAAGUUUACCCAUGAAGAAAUCUGAUUCGUUUAGAAAACAUUUAGAAUUAGCUUCAUUAUCAGUAACAGGGAAAUCUAUCAAUGAUAUAAAGCGAGAGAAUGAUCUCAUUGAAGAAGGAAUAAAUCCUGCCACUUAUUUGAAAAGACAUGAAAAUACAGGGAAAAGUAAUGCUAAGUUGUUAGCUAGGUUAGGUGACUCAUCAUUGCAUUUAGGUGAAGAAGGUCAUAUUCAUAAGAAAACAAAACGAAGUCAGAGUGUUUCGAGUCCCCCACUUGCGAAUCCCAAUAGAUCAAUGAUGAGAUCUUAUAGUACGAAUAGUCAAAUACCUUCUAGUGCUUUAAUGGAUUUAAGAAGUCAACAUUCAAGAGCUUCAAGUUCUUUAGGGUUGAAUUCUUUGGCUGCUGCAGCUAUUGAUGAAAUUAAUACCAGAUCUCCUGAUUUCCAUGAUUUUCGUCCUGAUACUGUUCCAAGUUUAUCACCAUCAAUGUCGGAUUUCCUUACUCCAGGUAUCACAGCAAGAUCUCCUGGAAACAUUUCAUCAACUUCCAAAGGAUCUAAAUCAUCAAAAUCAAGAGAGAAUAAUCAAUUAACCUUCAGUGGACAUCAAUCAUUUCAAAAUUUGAAUUUAAGUCCCUCAUUAUCUGCUUUAAUCAAUUCUGCGUUUCCCCAUGAUGAUGAAUUCAAGAACAGUCAUUUGUUCGAUGAAUCCAUUAAGUUAGAUAUCCCUUUAAGCCCUUUGAAUCUUCAAAAUGCUGGUCCAUUACAUGAAUUUAUGGUGGGUGAUCAUCAAAGAUUAACUGCUCCCAGUCCCGAUAAUAGAAGUCUAGCUAUUAAUCCUACUAAUAUUCAUAGUGAUGACAUUCUGCCAAAGGAUUCGAACUUAGAUCCAGAUUCCAACACCAACACUGCAUCAUCCAAUGAACAACAUUUAAUUCAUGACAAAGACCAUACUCCUGCAUCUCCAACAGGUUCAACACCUUUACCAGUCACUAUGAAGCCAAGUCCUAAAUAUCAUGUGACUAAUUCUUUGAAUUUAACAGCUGAACAACAACAAUUAUUAGGAUUAUAUUCCCAGUAUACUGCUGAAAUAUUAUCCAUCAAAAAUGGUCCAGGAGAAAACCCUUGGAGAAGUUUAAUUUUACCCUUGGCAACAACAUACUCCUGUCUCUUCAAUUCCAUUGCUUCAUUAACAUUAUUCCAUUUGGCUUGUAAUCAGACCAUGACCAAUAGAGAUAGUUUGAGAGCUAAAGGUUAUAUGUAUAUGAAAAGAUGUAUUUUAGAAUUAGCCAGCGGAUUAUCCCCUGACCUGAAGAGUUCUUUACCUGCCGAUAUUGCUAUAGCCAUUUGUUUGAAUUUAUCAUUGAGUGAAACUUGGGAUAAGCAUACUUCAAGUGGGAUUGCUCAUUUGAAAGGGGCCAAAACUAUGAUUCAAAAAGUUUUAACUAUUUUGAAAGAAAAACAACAGGAAAUGAAGAAUUUCAAACGGAAAUUAUUACUGCAAAGUCUGUCACCCAGUCCAAAAGAUGCUGAAGAGUUUUCCAAUUUCUUGAAUGCCUCUAAGCAACAAUUACAGAAGAAAUUGGUCUUGGUGGAUGACUCUGAAUGGGAUGUUAUCUUGAUGGGAGAGUCCGAAGAUGACGAGAAGGCUAAUAGUGAUAAAUCGUUAUUCAAAAUCCCUAAAUCGACUCAAUUUUUGUUCAACAUUUGGAUUUAUUUUGAAGUUUUAGCUCAAAUGACCACUGAAUCAGAUGAAAAAGGUAUUGAUUUGGUAGCUUCUAUCACCACCAUUAUUCAAGACCAAAAGGAUAGUAACUUACCUCCCAGUAAAAAUCAAUCCAAAGAAAGACUUGAUAAAUCACCAGCUUUGAGAUCAGAAUCAAGUGAUUCAACUGUUGGUAAUAGCAUCGAUGCUUUUGGAAUGAACAAAGGAUUCUCCAACUUAUUCGAUAACUUCGAAAAGUUAUCAUUCCAAGCUGAUCAAGUAGAUCCUUUAUUAGGUUGUGCCCAAUCAUUAUUUGCCAUCAUGGGUAAAGUUGCAGCUUUAAUUUUCAAAAUGAGGAAAAGCAGAAAGAAGGAUCAAAAAUUAUCAGGUAGAAAUACCUUAUCCACCAUUACAGUGGCUACUCAAUUAAGACAACAAUUGAUAUCUUGGAAACCAACUAUUUCAGCGUCAAUGAUAGAGCAAGUUAAUGAUAAUACUUCAUCAGAAUUAUCUUCAUGUAUUGCCACCGCUGAAGCUUAUAGAUAUUCCACUUUGUUAUAUUUACACCAAGCAGUACCCGAAAUUCCAUCAUUAUCCUCCCAUCAAUUAGCAGAAAAAAUCUUCAUUUUGUUGGCAUCCAUUCCUACUAAUUCUCCUACUUAUACGGUUCAUAUCUUCCCCUUACUUGUAAGUUCUUGUGAAGCCGAACCACAAGAAGAAAGAGAAUGGUGUGAAACAAGAUGGAAAGUGUUAUCGGAAAGAUUAUGGAUUGGUAAUAUCGAUAGAGCUAUGGAAGUGGUUAAAGAAGUUUGGAGACGUAAAGAUGAAUAUGUCCGUAAGAAACAGAUUAACUCUUUGGGUAUGGAUGAUGUUUUCAUACCUAAUGGUAAUGAUAAAGAAAAGUUCAAGAAUAUCUCCACUCAAUUAAGUGGUCUAAUGGCUGCUAUUAAUAGUGAACAAGGUUCAGUUGAUGAUAUCACCGGUGGUAUCUAUAGUAAAUUGCAUUGGAGCUCUGUCAUGAAAGAAUGGGGUUGGGAAGUCUUAUUAGGUUAA